CACGGUUUUCCAUCGGGCUCCUCCCAAAGUCACAUAUUCUGAUUUUAGAAGGCCUCAAAAAAUCUUGAAUCGCUUGCGUGAGGGGUCAGAUGGAUUCCGAACAUCCUGUCAAUCAUCUCGCCACUCUCGUCCACGGGUCUGACCGCCCUCGCCUCAGGAGCGAAUGAUCAGGUGAGACGCCUAGAGAUAGAUCUUAGGCCACGAGAAAGAAUCAUGGUGGAUCCAGGCUUUGUCUCGGCGCUCAUUGCAGAGAUAGUGCACCUGGCGAUAGUAGAAGCGGCAAAGGUUGUGAUGUGCCGGGAAUACUGUAUGCAAUUAGCAAAAAUGGUGGAUUCUUGUGUCAAGCCGGUCGUGUCUGAACUGGGGAGCCUUGGGAACAAUCCGCAGCUCAAGAAUGUUGCUGACACCUGGCUUGCAAGCCUUCGGGCCUGCCUAGAAGAUGCGCAGGCAGUGAUCAUCGAGUGCAGGAGCGUGCAUUCCUUCAACGUUUUCGUCAAGUACAGGCUCUCGCGCAGAAUCAUGAGUAUUCUGAUCAAGAUAAAGGAACUUCACGAGGCUGCCAGUACUUGGAACGUGGCCCUGUCUGCCAAGGUUGUCACACAAUGCAGUGAGGUACUACGGUUGCUUCAAGACAAUUACAGAUACGUUUCACUUUCGGCAAAGACCUGUGGAUGCACACAGUCUGAGAGUUAUAGCAAAGAUCGUGCGAUUUUUGAGAUAACGAAUGAAGCAACGAGUCACUCGGCUGGUUUAGACGUGGUCGACGAGCCAACUACAGAACUUCAGCCGAUUCCGAAGCUGGUGUUUGGACUGGAGGAAUUGAGUAGCCGACUUGAAGCAGUCCUUCGAGAUGGCACAGGACGAUGGGUUGGUGUUUGGGGCAAGGGAGGUUCAGGAAAGACGCUGUUGACACAAACUGUCACUAACAGUUUAUCGGUGAACAAUCACUUUGGAGGAAAGGUAUAUUGGCUCACGGUUGCACGAAAUCCCAACAUUGCCAGGUUGCAAAGUAGAUUACGCAAACACAUCGGCCGUGGGGAGCAGCUCUUUUCAUCCGAGGAAGCUGGCAGGAAAACCCUCAUCAACUGCUUGAAGAACAGCAAAGUGUUGUUGAUCUUGGACGAUGUGUGGGAUGGAAAUGUGCUGCAGUGGUUUGAUGUGGUGGAUGCUCCAGGCAGCAAAAUUCUGGUGACUUCCCGGAACAACAGUGUCUUUGACAAGGUGCCAUCAACGGUCAUCGAAGUGAAACUGCUUUCGGAUGAGCAUAGUUGGAAUCUCUUCUGUGGCUGUGCAUUUCCGGGACAAGACCGGCAACAGCUAGAACACGACAUGGAACCAAUACUUGCCGAAAGAGUAAAGCAAGUGGUCUCUGAGUGCAAAGGACUGCCUUUAGCUCUCAAAGUCAUUGGUGGAAGCAUGGCAGGCAAGCAGCAGCUAGGCGACUGGGAUUCUACAUUACGCAAGUUGAAGAAUGCCGAGGUUUUGAACGAGGAACAAGAGAACCAGGUGUAUCACAGACUCAAGCUUAGCUAUGACGAACUCGAUAUGAUUGACAAAGCCCGAGGCAGAGCACUGCAAGAGUGCUUUCUCUACUUCGCAGCCUUUCCUGAGGAUGCAGUUAUAGAGGUGGAGCAGCUCAUUGGGUAUUGGAUUGGUGAUGGCUUGAUAGGAUACAAAGACGAUGAAGAUCCUCAGGUUGAGGCUUAUUACAUUCUGGGCCAGCUUAUAGGACGCUCACUCGUGGAUCUGGAAGUAGGUUGGACACAUAGCCAGAACACGAAGUUCUUGAGUUGCAAAAUACACGAUGUGCUUCGGGAUAUGGCGAUUUACAUAUUGGAAAACCAGAAGAAGGCCACUGAGUAUGCGUGCCUGUUUCUGUCUGGAAGGGAGUUUCCUGCAGGACUAUGCAAAGGUACUGGCCAAGAGAAGUUCAACGCUAAGAAGCUUUCUUUGAUAGGAAAUCAGGUGGAGAACGUCGAUAAGCUUGGAACUCGGGCUCCGGAUGUGGAAGUGCUACUCCUUAGCAACAACAUUCAGCUGAAACAUCUUACCGGGCGGUUUCUGUGGAGCUUUAAAAAGCUCCGUGUACUGGACCUGAGCAGGACGGGCUUAAUAUCUCUUCCCAUGGAGAUUGGGAAGCUCAAAGAGCUGGUCGUCCUCGACAUUAGUUAUAGCAGCAUCCGAUCUGUGCCGGACUCUUUGCUGGCGAAGUUAGAACAUCUGAACAUGCAAAAUUGUCAAUUGGAGAGCUUUCCAGUGCACAAAGUAUCGAAUCUCGUCAACUUGCGUUAUCUCAACGCAAGAGGGUGUGGGGAUAUCUGGGACCAAAACCGGCACAGUCCUUGCAGCUGCGUAACAUCCGAACUUCCAGUACAAGGCCUAAAGAAUCUAGCAGCCUUACAAAUGUUGACCAGGUUAUGGAUCAGCAGCCGAACUGCAGAACGCUUCCCUGCUAUCUCUUCAACCAGGCUGGUACAUCUCAGCCUUUACUUCGAAAAACUUUCAGUCAUUCCAGACGAGCUCCAGUCCCUGGCCGCUCUAGAGGUUCUCGAUGUCAACACUUGCAGAUCACUCCUGAAGCUACCGGACUAUCUCGCCAAGUCGUUCUUGGGACUGCUUGCUCUCGACCUUCGUGGCUGCACGUCGUUGUCGCAACUUCCUUCAGAUCUGCAGGAGUUACAAUGGCUUCAAAAGCUGGAUCUUGAAGGCUGCUUGUCCUUGCAAUCUCUACCAGAGGCUUUCGGAAGUUCAGGUGCAUUUCCUUCGUUACAAGAGCUUUUCAUGACGGGAUGCGGAAGACUAGAAGCAUUUCCAGAAUUGCAACCAGGGGCACUUCCUCGUCUUCGUAUCCUCAAACUGGCGUUUUGUGAGCGCCUGCAACGCUUGGAUAUACAUCCCAAGGCGCUGCCCAACCUUGUCCACUUGAACCUGAGAGGCUGUGCCGGAUUGAAAGAGCUCCCUGACGAGGAAGCGUUGAGAUAUUUUUCAUACUUGGAGGAGCUGGUUUUGAACAACACGCAAAUAUCUGGCUUACCUGCGAGUAUAGGACUGCUUCCAAGGCUGAGGAAGCUGGAAUUGAAGCAAUGCAUGCAACUGAGAGCGUUACCAUGGGUUGAUUUAAGUGGUGACUACUUCAUCAGCUUGGAAGAGAUAUCUAUGCGAGGAAUUCCCAUUCGAGAACUGCCCAAGGUUUUGGCUGCAGCACCACAGCUCCGAAAAAUGGACCUCACGGACUGCGACUUCAUAACCUUGACGGACGAGGUGUUCGGCCUGUUGAAAACCAGAAACGUUAAUCUCAUCGGAGCCAACGUUCAGACCAUAUCUGCUCUGAAUGAAGCGGAAAUGGGGCAUGAGCACGAAGCAGACAAAGAACCGAUAAAGGAGAAGCCAGAAACUGGGAAAGCAGCUGAGAACACUUCAGAGACGAAUACCGACCAACAUGAAUCUGCUACUGUCUUGGAUCCGAGUAAUUCUAAAACGACAUCGACAACCAACCAGCACAGUGCCUCCUUUCCUUCAUUCAACAAUUUCCUAGACUGGUUAGCAGGAUUCAUAGACGAAACGAGUAUAGAUGAAGAUCUAGAAUAUCAGAAGCUGGCAAAGGAUGCAAACGGCUACGAUCCUGGUCAUGUGCGGAGGGUCGAUUUGCGAGACAUGAAACUGCAAUUAUUCAAGCGAGGAUUGGAGGAUCAUCUGGUGCUGGGCUCAUGCAGCGGAGACGUCAUCACUGAGGAGGUCCUCAAAAACCUGGCCUGUACGAGCUGGAACGUGCACUCGUAUGUUGGUGCUCGUUUCCUGGCAAACGGUUUCUUCGAGCUGGCAUUCGCAAACUCGCUGGAUGUUCAGAAGUUGCUGGAGAGGCGGUUUGCGCAGUACGAAGAUCGCGUGAUCCUCUUCCAGCCUUUCCAGCAAGACUUCAACCCCAACGAGGCUGGGAAUAUCAAAGCAGCUGUUUGGGUGGGAUUGCCCCUCCUGCCGACGGAUUGCUUGCAUCCCAAAGUUUUGAAGGCGGUUGGGAAUGCACUUGGUAGCUACUUGGCAUAUGAGCUUGACGGUGAAAGGCUUCCCAGGGUUUGCUUCGCAUGCACCAUCCAACAAGAACGGGAGUUGCCUAGUGAACUGGAGCUGGUUCUCCCAUCGGGCAAAGUCUGGUUGCAGCCCUUGGUAUGGUCGUAGACAAAAGGUGGGAUUUUGAGCGUGAAGCAUGCAAGGAGCUUGUGAUGAGAUCACAGAGUGGCUUGUGAUAAAUGCGAUCUCAACGAAAAAGGAGCUUGUGAUGAGUUCACAAAGUUGCUUGUGAUAAAUGCGAUCUCAACGAAAGUAAAUGUGGUCUUAGUUU